CACUGCCCUACCAAGAGGGCAGUGAUGGUUCCUUUGUAGAUAGGUCCUUUGGGAGAAGCUUACUGAUGUAUAAAAGCUGUUUGUGAGGCUGAGAUGGUGCCCUUUUUCUGAUAAAGUAUCUCUUGCUGGGGCAGAACCUCACUCCUGGCUGUAGUAGCCAGAAGAGUACUAGUGUGGGAGAGACUUCUAUAAAUGAAGAGGUAAAGCUUGAAACAUUUCAUCAAAGACUUUAAUAUUCAUUUCCUUCCAGGGUUCAAGACUUAGAGCACAUCUCCAGAGUUGUUUCCAUCCCUGCUCCUGUCUCUCAGUGGGACAGAGCCAACCUCUGCUUCCAGCUUCUUUUUUCCAAGGCUUGCGGGCCUUCGUUUCAGUGAUGGAACAGAGCAAGGAAAGGCAUUGGUAGCCUUCAGAGCUUCCUUACUAGCUAUAUGUAUGAUCCCCUUGCUCACUGUUCCUGCUGCUCAAAGGCUGGGAAAGUAUGAGGGGGAGAGGGGGAAUACACAAAGUUAACUGCUAUCAAAAGUCCAAGGAAAACAUUUAAAAUAGGAAACCAUAGAAUGAAAUGAGAUUUUUCUUUCUAGAAUGUUGUGGAAUUUAAAUUUUUAAAAAAUAAUACAUUUAUUUAAAAAGCAGAUACAAUAGGUAAGUUGAACACAAUUAAACCUAGCUUAACUGACAUAUAUAGAACAUUGUCACUGAACCAACAGUGUACAUAUUUUUAAUUGCAAGAAAAGCUUUUACCAAAAUUGAUCAUAGCUGGACCAUCAAGUAAGCCUCAGGAAAUUUCCAAAAUAAUUUAAAAUAAUACAGUGUUCUCUGAACAUAGCGGGAUUAAGCUAGGGAGAAAAACAAACAAACUGGAAAGUCCCUAACUGUCUAUAAAACAAGCAGUAGAGUUCUAAAUAACCCACUGGUCACAGAAAAAAAAAGCGCAAAGGAAAUAAAAAUUAACUGGUAAUGGAGAUAUGCCAUAUCAAAACCUAUGGUAUACAGGUAAAGCACUACUUAAAUAUAAAACUUUAAACUCACACAUUACAAGAGAAAGGCUGAAGUCAGUGAUCUAAGUUUUCACGUCAAGAAACUGGGAAAGAAUAGCAAAUUCAAAAUGUAGAAGGAAGAAUGCAGACAUAAAAAAGUGAAAUAGAAAACAGAUGUACAAUAAAGAAAAUCAAUGAAGCCAAAAGUCAUUCCCUCAAAAACAGUAAAAUUGAUAAACCCAUAGACUGAUCAGGAAAAAAAACAACAUUAGAAAUGAAAAAAGAGGGACUUCCCUGGUGGUCCAAUGGUUAAGAAUCUGCCUUCCAAUGCAGGGAUGCAGGUUCGAUCCCUGGUCGGUGAACUAGAUCCCUCAUGCUACGGGGCAACUAAGCCCACAUGCCACAACUAGAGAGCCCACGUGCUCUGAAGCCCGUGUGCCGCAACUAAGACCUGAUGCAGCCAAAAAUAAAUAAAUAAAAUAUAUAUUUUUUUAAAAUGGAAAAAGGGACAUCAGUCAUAUCUUAGAGUCACCAAUAUCAUAAACUUUUAGAAACUAUAGAAAAGGGGAACAGAUCUCAAUUCACUUUUUUAAAAAUAUAUAUUUAUUUAUUUAUUUGGCUGCACCAGGUCUUAGUUGUGGCACAUGGGAUCUUCAGUUGCGGCAUGUGGGCUCUUAGUUGAGGCAUGCGGGAUCUAGUUCUCUGACCAGGGAUCAAACCCGGGCCCCCUGCAUUGAGAGCAUGGAGUCUUAACCACUGGACCACCAGGGAAGUCCCUCAAUUCACUUUUGAAGCAGUAUAACCCAGCCACCAAAAACUAUCAAAGAUAUCACCAGAAAGGAAAACCAGGUGCUAAUCUGUCCCGGGAAUGUUAAUGUAAAACUGCCAGACAAAAUAAGCAAGUCAAAUCUAGCGAUAUAUAAAAAUGAUAAUAGGUCAUAUCUAAUUUGGGUUUACUGCAAAAAUACAAGAUUGAUUCAACACUUGAAAACUAAUGAAUUCAAUUCACACAACGUAUAAGGAGAAAAAUCAGUCUAGACAGAUGCAGGAAAGAACACUAUUCAACAGCUAUUCAUGAUUUUUAAAAAUUUUGAAAACCAGAAAUAGAAGGGUAUAUCCUUAAUCUCAUAAAAAUCUUACAUAUAUAUGUGUGUAGGUAGGUUAAAUAUAGGUAGGUAGGUUAAUUGAUUACACACAAAUAUAUAUGUGUGUGUGUGUGUAAUCACUUUGACCCAAAAUAAAAUUUAAUUAUAAUUUAAAGAAGUAAAAUGUUUCAUAUUCAUGAAAACAAAAAAAAUUAAAAAAUAGAAAUCUUAAUAAAAACCCUACAGUAAACCUCUCAAUGAUAAAAUAUUGAAAUCAUUCUCCAUGAGAUGAGGAAUAAGAUAAGGAUGUCCACUAUCACAAUUCCGUAUACCAUUAUACUGGUCCCAGCCAGUGUGAUAAGUCAAGAAAAUAAAAGAAGGUACUUCCCUGGUGGUCCAGUGGUUAAGACUCUGUGCUCCCAAUGCAGGGGGCCCGGGUUCAAUCCCUGGUCAGGGAACUAGAGCCUGCAUGCUGCAACUAAAGAUCCUGCAUGCCAUAACUAAAGAUCCCUCAUGCUGCAACUAAAGAUCCCGCAUGCCAUAACUAAAGAUCCUGCAUGCUGCAACUAAAGAUCCCACAUUGCUGCAACUAAAGAUCCCGCAUGCUGCAACUAAGACCCAGCACAGCCAAAUAAAUAUUUUUUUAAAAAUUUAAAAAUUUUUGUAAUUAAUAAAAGAUUAAAAAAAGAAAAUAAGAUUAUAAAGGAACAAAAAAAGUGCUGACAACAUAAUUGUGUAUGUAGAUAAUCCAAAAGAAUCUACAGACUCUUAGGAUUAAGUGACUUUAACAAGGUCACAGAAUACAAAGUCAAUAUACAGCCCCCCAAAAGUCAAUUAUGUGUUUCUAGAUACAAUAAAUAGGAAAUGAAAUUUCAAAAAUAUAUUGUCUAUAAUAGGAUAAUAAAUAGCUCAAAAUAUCAAUAGAUAUGUCACAAGAUAUGCAGAAUCUUUACAUUGAAAACAAUGAAACAUUCUUGAAAGAAAGACUGAUAGGUGUGUGGUCAAAUCAUGUAUAGUCAAUUCACCAAAUAUUUUUCUUCCUUGUUAUAGGUUAACUUCUAUCUGUUGGAAGCAAAGGGGAAACUUGCCUAUGUUCUCAGCUAUUUGGAAAUCUCACUGUGAAAGUUUCACAAUAACUUAGUUUUAUUUCUUUAAAUUGUAUAUAAGAUAACAUUAGAUUUGAGAAGCAUUUUUAACCCUGAUGAAAUUUCAGGGAUGACUUUACGAUCUGACAAUAACAUAAAUGAAUACAUUUUGAAAAUUAAAAAAAUUCAAAUGCCUUAAAUGUAAAAAAAAAAAAAAAAGAGAGAGACUGACAAAGAUGAAGACAUAUAUUGACUCCAUGGAUUGGAAAAUAAUAUUGUAAGGAUGACAGUUCUCUCAAAUUGAUCUGCUGGUGAAACUCAAUUCUAAGUAAAAUCCCAACAGGUUUAUUUUUGUGAAAAUUGACAAGCUGAUUCUAAAAUUUGCAUGGAAAUGCGAAGUGCCAAAACAGCCAAGGCAAUCUUGAAUAAAAAUGAAAUUGGAGUCCUUCCACACCCAGAUAUCCUCCUUUAACUUUCAACAUUUUAGUACCACCUUUUUGAGAUAUGGCUUAUAAAUAGCAUACACUUGUAUUUUGUGAAUUUUUCUGAAGUUUUACCUCUUACACCCUUUGCAUUUACACCCUUUGCAUUUUUAGUUCUAACUUCUAUCACCUUGUUCUCUGGUUUAUUUUAUACCUACUUGUUCCCACUCCCCUUGGUGGUUUUGGUGUUUUUUUGUUUUUGUUUUGGGGUUGUUUUGUUUUGUUUUUUUUUGCUGGAAUGGAAGAGUGGCUACACAUUCUGUGGUCUUUUGAAGUUAUAUAUCUUGGCUUUUAAUUCAACAGGUGGUCUCAUAUUGAUGAUUUUUUAGAUGGAAUUUAAUAUUUUGAGUUGCCUUUUUGACCAACAAGAAGGGGGCUUUAUUUCAGAAGUUUGAGUAGUUUGAUUGGAUGGUCCGGGAAAGAGGUCUCUGAAACCCCAACCUGACUCCUGAGAAGCAGAGAAGUUUAGGGCAUCUCCCCUGGGUGUCAGGAGGAGAGUUUAGGCUUGCCUGCGUAGCAGUAAGAGAGUAUACUGUUUAGGUCUCCCUCUUUGCCUGCGUAGCAGUAAGAGAGUAUACUGUUUAGGUCUCCCUCUUUGCCAGCUGCCCCUUCAUUUCAAUUUAGGGCUUCUAGGCCUUUCCUGGGCAUGGUUCCCAGAAAGUCCUUCUGCUGCUGCUACCCUGAUCAGGUUUCUGGAUCUGUUAAUAAUAGACAACAGUGGGGGAAGGGCCAGGAUCAUUAUGGAAAUAGGAGCAACUAAACCAGAUGGGCAGUUCCUAUGCACAGGGCCCUGUCUGUCUGCUCCCGUCCUGUGUCUGAGGAGCAUUCUGCAGUGGACAUGUCUUCUAAGCCAUUCUUUGGAGUCACAUUAACCUUGUGAAGGUCUCCAAGUGCCUUUCCCAAAAAUCAGGACACAUGAUCUGGGGUGCUUAUGAGAACACUGAAACAGAAUGUUUGAGGUUCGAACUCUACCAGAAAACCCUGGGGGGGGGUGGUGAUAAUACCCCUCACAGAAUACCCAGAAGGGAAGGAGGUUGGGCCGCAAUUAGGUGAGGCAAACAGUGACUCAGAGAGGCAAACUGUAUGUAAUCCUGGAAUACAGAAGGGGAGUGGGGAAGGUGAAGGGGAAGUAUGGAAAAAUAAGGACAUGAUGAUGUUGGAUAGUAAGACGAGCAUGUGAGACAGGACCACUAUUAAGUAAAAUAUGAAAUCAGCACAGUUUAAAUCUUGAUGCCUCCUAAUCUUCCUGUUCUCCAUGAAUGGCCUUCCCUCUUCUGCCUCUACUCCCUGCAUACUCCUUUUCCUUUACCAAAACCUGCUCUUAGUACAGUAAACUCAACUUAGGUGUAAAUUAUGAAAGACCCAUAAGGCUUCUGAAAUUACCAGUUAAUAAAAUGUGAAAACAUUUUAUUGUAAAAUAUAACACAGAUAUAGAAAACUACAUAAAGAAAAUGUAUAGCUUAAUAAGUUAUUAUGAAGUGAAAACCCUUAUUAGCACCCAGAACCAGAAAUAGAGCUUGGUCAGCUAUUUCAGAAGCCAGCUAUGGGCCCCAUCCCAUCACAACUCCUCCCUCCUCCCAAAAGUAACCACUAUCCUGACAUUUAUGGUAAUCACUCAGGAGGACUUUAUUUUAAUGGGACUAACGAUUUAGCUAUAAAUAAUCACUAAUGGUAGACUAUUAGGCAGUUGAGGGAUGUUUGGAGGAGCCACAAGAGGCAGCUGGAUCUCAGCACACUCAAAAAUCACACCGCUUUGUACAGUUAGUUCCCUCUGUGCCUAUGAUUAAGACACACCUCACCGGAAGACGAUCCCACAGAAGUCCAAGUACAGUGCUGUGCCCUAUGCCCUCAGCUCCAUACUGUCAUCCACUGAUCCAGAAAGAACCAUACCCCACAGUCUUCCCAAGGCAGAGCAAAAGUAGGUCCCAGCUCACAGUACUUGGGCGAGUGUAAGGGACUGGCAGUCUCUGCUGCCGACAUGUGAGCCUAGGACAUUGCCUAAACUUCCCUGGGCCUUAGUUUCUCACAGUGAAGUAUGGGGCCAUGAUAAAGCCCUUUACAAUCCCCUAUUCCUCACCUAACUUGGUCCCCUUUCCUCAAUCUUGGUUCCUGUUUCCGCUGCCUAUUUAUACACGCUGUAAGAAGCACAUUAUGUUCCUUUCCCAGUUGGGUGUCUUUCCAGCCUUGUGCUCCUCUUUUUGCCCUUGAUCCUCAGACACCAUGAUUCUGCUUCAUUUCUACAUGUACCAUUAUAAAAACACAUAUACGUCCUUGCAUAUUAGAGGUGCUGAACAAAUGGUUGUAGAAUGAAUGAAUAUAUGAAACAAAUUGUUUCCUACAUUCACGUAUGCAUUCCUUCAAUAUUUAGCAAGUACCUAAUAUAUACGUAGAUACCAACCUAUCCCUCUACACAAAUCAUUCCUCUCCUCCUUUUCUCAUCUUCCCCCUUUCCCAUUCUAUCUUUUUUCCUUUCCCUGAGCCAUAGAGUUAGACUGAGUGCCCAGCAAGGCAGGAUGCAGAGACACUUCUGCCAGUGGAAACAGACACCAUGGAAAGGAGCCAGAUGAAAUAAGGGCAAAGACAGCUGUACAACACGCAGAGAGAAACCAACCAGAAUGAAAAGCAGUGAUUCAUGGAGCACUGCAACUCAGAUACUCCUUGGGUUUCACUCUGAGAGCUACUGCAGGACUGAGGUCAGUGAGGGCUGGCAUCAAGAUGGACAGACAGGCUCCUCCUCCCUGGAGAUGUGAUGCCCGUCAAUCCCUCCCCUUAAUCCUCUUCUGCCCACCCCACCCCCACUACUCCCUCACACUGACCAGUGUCCUGGGCCUUUAAGAGUUGGAUGGGCUGGACUGAGGAGAGAGCUCAUACCUCUCCCCACCCUACUCUUUCCAUCUGGCUGUAAGUCUGCCAGUGACAGCACCAAACUGCAGCAGAAGAGGGGAGGAAACCAGUGAGUGCAAGAGAAGCAAAGGAGAAAAGGAGCCCUCCUGGGUUUCCUCGGCCCACAGCAGAGAGCGUCGCAGAUCUCAGACACAGGACUUCUCUCCUGCCCACGGUGACUCUGGCAUCAGCUGGUGAAGCAGUGGGUGAUGGCGUCCCUGCUGCAAGGCCGGCUGCCUGUUAAUCAAGACCUGCUGCUGAUGCAGAAAGGCACGCUGAUGCGCAAGGUGAGGUCCAAAAGCUGGAAGAAGCUAAGAUACUUCAGACUUCAGGACGAUGGCAUGACAGUCUGGCAUGCCCGGCAGGCCGGAGGCAGGGCCAAGCCCAGCUUCUCAAUAUCCGACGUGGACACAGUGCGUGAGGGCCACGAGUCUGAGUUGCUGCGAAACCUGGCAGAGGAGUUCCCCCUGGAGCAGGGCUUCACCAUCGUCUUCCAUGGCCGCCGCUCCAACUUGGACCUGGUGGCCAACAGUGUCGAGGAGGCCCAGAUCUGGAUGCAGGGGCUCCAGCUGUUGGUGGACUUUGUCACCAGCAUGGACCAACAGGAGCGGCUGGACCAAUGGCUGAGUGAUUGGUUCCAGCACGGAGACAAAAACCAGGAUGGUCGGAUGACUUUCGGAGAAGUCCAGCGGUUACUGCACCUGAUGAAUGUGGAAAUGGACCAAGACCAUGCCUUCCAGCUUUUCCAGAGAGCAGAUGCAUCCCAGUCUGGGACUCUGGAGGGAGAAGAAUUUGUAGAGUUUUAUAAGUCAUUGACUCAGCGUCCUGAGGUGCAGGAACUGUUUGAAAAGUUUUCAUCUGAUGGGCAGAAGCUGACCCUGCUGGAAUUUGUGGAUUUUCUCCAAGAGGAGCAGAAAGAAGGAGAACGGGCUUCUGACCUUGCUCUAGAACUCAUCGACUGCUAUGAGCCUUCAGAUAGCGGCAAACUGCGGCAUGUGCUGAGCAUGGAUGGCUUCCUCAGCUACCUCUACUCGAAGGACGGAGACAUCUUCAAUCCGACCUGCCUCCCCAUCUACCAGGAUAUGACUCAACCCCUGAACCAGUACUACAUCAGCAGCUCCCACAACACCUACCUAGUGGGAGACCAGCUUUGUGGCCAGAGCAGCGUGGAGGGAUACAUACGGGCCCUGAAGCGGGGAUGCCGCUGCGUGGAGGUGGAUGUAUGGGAUGGACCUAGCGGGGAACCUAUUGUUUACCACGGACACACGCUGACCUCUCGCAUCCCGUUCAAAGACGUUGUGGCCGCCAUUGGACAGUAUGCCUUCCAGACAUCAGACUAUCCAGUCAUCUUGUCCCUGGAGAACCACUGCAGCUGGGAACAGCAGGAGAUCAUAGCACGCCAUCUGACAGAGAUCCUGGGGAAUCAGCUACUGAGCACCACCUUGGAUGGGCAUCUUCCCACUCAGCUGCCCUCCCCUGAGGAGCUUCGGAGGAAGAUCCUUGUGAAGGGAAAGAAGUUAAAAACGCUUGAGGAGGAUCUUGAGGAAGAGGAGGAGGAGCCAGAGUCUGAACCGGAGGAGGCUGAGCUGCAGCUGGAGGCCCAGAUGGAGUCUGAGCCCCAGGAGUUGAGCCCUCGCAGUAAGGACAAAAAGAAGAAAUCCAAGCCCAUCUUAUGUCCAUCCCUCUCUGCCCUGGUUGUCUACUUGAAGGCUGUCACAUUCUACAGCUUCACUCAUUCGAGGGAGCACUACCGCUUCUAUGAAACAUCAUCUUUCUCUGAAGCCAAGGCCAAGAGCCUCAUCAAGGAGGCUGGCAAUGAGUUUGUGCUGCACAAUACCUGGCAGUUAAGCCGUGUAUAUCCCAGUGGCCUGAGGACAGAUUCAUCCAACUACAACCCCCAGGAGUUCUGGAAUGCAGGCUGCCAGAUGGUGGCUCUGAAUAUGCAGACUGCGGGGCUUGAGAUGGACCUGUGUGAUGGGCUCUUCCGCCAGAACGCUGGCUCUGGCUACGUGCUAAAGCCAGACUUCCUGCGUGACGCCCAGAGUUCCUUCCACCCUGAGAGGCCCAUCAGUCCGUUCAAAGCCCAGACCCUCCUAAUCCAGGUAAUCAGUGGGCAGCAACUCCCCAAAGUGGACAAGACCAAAGAGGAGUCCAUUGUGGAUCCACUGGUAAGAGUGGAGAUCUUUGGCGUCCGCCCAGACACAAGUCGGCAAGAGACCAGCUACGUGGAGAACAAUGGUUUUAAUCCAUACUGGGGGCAGACACUGUGCUUCCGGGUCCUGGUACCUGAACUGGCCCUGCUGCGUUUUGUGGUAAAAGACUAUGACUGGAAAUCCCGAAACGAUUUCAUUGGUCAGUACACCCUGCCUUGGAACUGCAUGCAACAAGGUGAGCCAGUCCUCCCACCCCUGGCCCGCACCCCAGCUCUGGCUGCCUUCCUAAUACUGUCCCCCGCCCCCCUUUCCAGGUUACCGCCACAUACACUUGCUCUCCAAGGAUGGCAUCAGCCUCCAUCCAGCCUCCAUCUUUGUGCACAUCUGCACCCGGGAAGGGCUAGAGGGGGUUGAAUCUUAAGGUGGGCACUUCACGGGAAGAGUGGGUGCAUCGGCUUUAGAUGGUAAGAAAAGCCUGGAAGGAUGCUCCAGAAAGCAAACAGAGGUGGUGAAAACCAAGCUUUUGACUGUGCAUUCCUAGGCACAAAAUUACUUCAUCCUUCCUGACAAGCAAAUCUAGGAUCUGAUUUUUCACCUUCUUUCUUUUCCCUUUCUUCGUUUUCACCAGCCUUUGGAAUCAUUCCUGUCCUUACCCUCUGCAUACUCUACACUGGAAUUCCUUCCUUCCUUCCUCUUGCUAUAGGUUCAAUACCAUACCCAGAUCUAGGACUACACUUUCGCAGCAACUCUGGCUCAAAGGCAGAUUGCAACUAGAAAUCCAGAGAAGGGCUUGAGGCAGACAAACCCUAAGAGGCACUAUCUCCUCCACCUCUAACUUCCUCAAAGUCCAGAGCCAAGGGAAGGACAAAUCAAGCCCCAAGUCUCCCCAGGCAAAGGCUGGGGAAGGAGAUCUGACCCCAAGACUGUAUUACGACUCUCAAGAGACACUACACAGCCCUCAGGGUCUCCACUGGACUGCUGCUCCCUAGCCCCUCCGGUAUAAAUAGAGCUUCUCUCUCAA